ACCGCACUACCUCGUGGCGCGCACACUUUACUUAUAUGCGACCGUCGAAAAACGGAACUCCCAUCAUACAGCUGUCGCAGGUUGAAAUGCCACUAGGCGCGUGUUCAGGAAAUGCCAGUGGUGAAUUUUACAACGGUGGUCGUAACCGCCAAAAUAUGGACUCGACGACCGGAAACCACAGCAGAGGCGCCGGCGGUGGCAGUGGCGGCAGGCCCGUGAAGAAACUGGGAGUCGUGGCCAAAGCGGUGGCCGCGACCAUGUCCGCCGACAGACUACAGCAAGGGCUGGCCCGCACCCAGAAGGACGUGAAAAACGAUCGUGUUAUGUAUGCGAGAAAUCAACAAUACAAAUACAGUAAGGAACCAGUUACGGGCGGGCAACCUAUAACAGUCGAACAAGCAAAAGCAUUACGGUUGACUGUAUUUGGUGCAUGUGACACACCACCUAGAGGCGAAUGGCUCCGUACUGGGUUUGUGUUUAGAGAUCCCGAGAAAGAGCUAUCGUACGGCUUACGAGCACGCAGAAAUGGUACACGAGGAAUGCAGACCGCAAUACAAGGAUAUAUACUCAAACAUUUGUUAUUCACAAGCACCAAUAACUCAUGUAUGAAACCGUCUAAACAGCAGCAACUGGAUGCUCUUUGUAAAUCAAUUACCGAAAUCCUAUGGAAGAUUGGCGAUAACGAAAAAGUUAUAGUAUGUUUACCACAAGAGAAGAGUUACGUAGCGCACUCGUUAAACUAUUUCCAAGAUAAUGUUACCGAAAAACUCCACUUAUUCGAGUUAACCAAUAUUGAAGACUUAGAAAUUUUCCUCAAAAGAUAUUUGCAUUUGUUCCAAGAUGAUCCUGGACCCGGAUCACUAUUGUUGCUUUACAGUGCAGUGCUAACGAGAGGGCUAUCCAAGAUCGUAUCAGAUUUAAUGGAUGAAAAAGUGUAUCUGAUAUCAAGUGCUGAGGAAGGGUCUAUAUGCAUCGUAACACUUAUGCUUACCGGUAGAGCUACUCCUAAUCUGCAUAAUGGUAUUGUGAAUAUUGGGGACGAACAACAUUAUGCCAUACCACAUUAUGGAAUAUUAGCCAGAAGUGAAGUAGGUCUACUGGUUCAUUAUGAAGAAUCCUCUACACCGGUACAAGUCACACAGAUACCUGGUUCUCGGUUAAAAACGCCGUCCUAUCCUAUUUGGAUAACUUGCGCUAAAGGUCAUUACGGAAUACUCUUCAACACUAAUAGGGAAUUGUUAAGAAAUCAUUUGGCUGAACGAAGAUUCCCAUUGACUCACUAUUCGUGUAGCGGUAGCGAAAACCACGCGACGGUGGACACGCGAUCGCACCAUGGCGAACAGACACGGAUGAUGAAGGCCACGGACGAUAUUAACAACACGACGUCGCUUCUACUUUUGGUCGAGUGUCUUAUACAUACAAAGUGGGAAGGAGCUUCGGUGCAGUGGACGGGCGUUACAAAUGCGGUGAAUUAAUAAAACAUAAUAUAGUUACAUUAUUUAGAGUGACAGUAUACCUAUUACCUACAGUUGUUCAUUGUCCAACAACAAUUAUUAAAAAUUGGUUGUUGUGUGUGGUUACUAAAAUACCAAUAAUUUAACAGUAAAUAGACCAUAGUAUAUGUAUAAUGCAUAUAAUAUAUUGUACACCUAUAUAAUAUACUAAUUAUUCAUAAAAUAUAUAUUGUGUAUUCAAUUAAAAAAUAAAAAAAUUAAUACGAUGCAUCCUGUAGUAUAAUAAUAUAUUUUUAUUAAAAAAUAACAGGUAUUAAAUCACUUUACGAUGCUCUAAUUAAUUUUUAAUUAAUCAAAAAAAAAAAAAAUACAAAGAAACUAAAUUAAAUAUAGAAUACUGAAAGUUAUUUUUUUUGGAACAAGUA